AUGACUGAUAAAGACGACUUCAACGCUGCUGCAAACAUAAUGAUACCUAUUGAGAACUCCGAAGGUUCUCGAAACAUGGUAGACAUCCAAAAUGAAGAGAAAAUGGCUCACAUGGAGCAUGAACUAGAGAUCUUGAGGGAAGAAUUACGCCAAGUGCGAGACUUGACCAAACUGUCGGCUACCACUUUCCCUACUUUCAAGACGCCUAUCUACUUCGCAAAAGCUGACUUGCCUUCUGUCGACUUGCCAAAUCAGCCAGAACAAACUCAACAUGCUCCAACUCAAGGUCGAGUUUCACCAGCUUCUCCAACCGCAGUUAGGACCGUUCCUGACCUUUCGAAUCACGACCCUACCAUACCAACAAUGCAGCAGAUACUUGGGGCACAUGUCGCCACUCCCUAUGAGCCACAUGUUCCACCCGUAUAUACCGCUCGAGCUCCUACCUUCACAGUGUCAGCAGUUAUUAAUGUCCCGUAUGAGGUCGAUCAAUAUGCAGAAAUGGAGAAAGAUACCCAGAUGAAAGAAGAUACAUUGAUAAAUGCCCAGCUUCAGGGUCUAAGAAAGGUAUUGAAAAGCUUACCAGUUACUAGAGGAAAAAAGAGUCUGCAUUAUGAUGACUUGUGCAUCCAUCCAGACAUUGACAUGCCGGUAGGGUACAAACCACCGAAGUUUGACAUGUUCGAUGGAAAAGGGAGAAGUGAGAAGCUGAGGAUGAAGUUGUUCAUCCGGAGUCUGUCUGGAGAAGCAUUGACCUGGUAUACCCGCCAAGACCCUUGCAAAUGGCGUGAUUGGCAGGAAAUGGCUGAGGACUUCAUGACUCGUUUCAGAUUCAAUACUGAAAUUACUGCUGACAGACUCUCAUUAUCCAAUAUACAGAAGAAGCCAUAUGAGAAUUUCCAAGAACAUGCACGACGUUGGAAAACUGAGGCCGCAACGGUGCAACCGCCACUAGAUGAGAGUGAGCUCUCGAAGUACUUUAUUCGAGCUCAAGAUGGUGUCUACUUCGACAAGAUGAUGUCCAUGAUGGGCCAGAAGUUUGCAGAAUUGGUCAAGAUAGGAGACUUUAUAGAGGAGGGUGUUAAAUCUGGGAAGAUUCAGUCGAUGGUCGCAUUGGAAUCUGCAAGUAGGGCUAUACAAUCGGGUUCCAUUGGCGGCAUCAAAAAGAAAAGGGAGGAUGUUUCAGCUGUCACUUACAUACAAGAAAAACCAUCACACCGAUACUUUAGUAAUCCCCAAAUCGCUGCGUUGAGGACAACGGGAGUGCUGCAACCAGUUGAAGGAAAACUUCCUGAUCCAAUCCCUCAUAAUUUUGAAGGAAACAAGCGAUGUGCUUACCACUCGGGAAUCCAAGGACACGACACAGAAGAUUAUUAUGGGUUGAAGAUCCAGAUCGAGUCUUUGAUCAGAAGAGGAGUAAUCAAAUGCACUCCAGCGCCUCCCAAUGUGAACAACAACCCCUUGCCAAACCAUGAGAAUCGGGAAAUCAACAUGGUUACUCUAGAUGAAGAAUAUGGGGGCCCUGACUGUCCAGACGUAGAUGAACCAGAUGCCAUGACAUCUUCGACGCAACCUGUUAUCACUGUUCAACUAAGGGAACCUCUGACUGUCGAAACAUAUCUCCCAAGAGUUGUAGUGACCACUCUGAUCGCUAAAACGCCUGAAUAUGACACCAAAGCAGUCCCAUGGGACUAUUGA